CCCGGCGUAACAUAUUUUGGAGGGAAGGUAUGCUAAAGAUAGGCCAUGAGGUCGUUCGGCCUGGCAAGUACCUGGGUGAAGAGUCCGUCACGAUCCAGGUCCCCGAAGAACUGGAAUCCGUGCCCGGGAAUUCCUCUCACCAGCCGCGAGGUUGACUGGUACGCCAGGGAAUAUCCCAUAGAGACCAUGAACAUCACUGAGCGGGCUUCUCGAGACUGGGCCAACGCCAUACGCGACAGUCACGUCGAGAUGCGUGAGAUCCGCAAGGAGCACGACCGCCUGAACCAGCCGCUGAUUCUGGCUGCCCGCAUGACUGGCGACCAGGAGCCCACGGCUGAGCCCACCGGCGAAGACGUAACCGAGGCCAUCAAGACCCAAGGCCCGCGAACUGGGUUACAUCGAAGUCGGCAUGACUGCCUAUGACCACCGGUACACCUACCAGAGCAAGAAGGACUGGGUCAAGUUCCCGCAUGCCAUUUGUCUGGCCUACGAACAGGAUUUCGAGCCCACCCAGACGAUCCCCAGCAUCGACGCUGAGAUCGUGCACUCCAGCACCUACCGCACCGAGGGCGCGGCCGGUCUGGAACUGGCCAAGUUCGUCCAGAGCCUCGGCUACCGGGCGCAGGUCCACAGCCCCAACGACAACACCGGUCCCUACAUUCCGAUGUUCGUCGCUGCCGGUCUCGGCUCCCUUGGCGCCUGCGGCUACCUGCUGACCCCGCAUGUCGGCUCCCGCUGCCGCAUCAUGAUCAUCACCACCGACGCCAACGUCACCCACGACGAGCCGGUGGACUACGGCAUCCACGCCUUCUGUCAGGUCUGCCAGGUCUGCGUGAACCGCUGCCCCGGCCGCGCCCUGAUGCGCGACAAGAUCUGGUGGCGGGGAAUUGAGAAGAACAAGCUCUACUUCAAGCGCUGCCGCCCCGUCAUGGCCCGCUACCUGGGCUGCGGUAUCUGCAUGAAGGUUUGCCCCAUCCAGAAGUACGGCAUGUCCACCGUAAUGGAACAUUAUGCCGCCACCGGUCAGGUUCUGGGCAAGGGCACCCACGACCUCGAGGGCUACGAGCUCGAGGGCAAGGGCUACUUCGGCCCCGGUGAACUGCCGGUAUUCGAGCGCGAGUUCUUCUCGGCCAUGCCUCACGGCGACACCGAGGAGUUCGCCUUCGACAACUUCCGCCAGAAGGCCACGGACAAUGGCGGCGUCAUCACCGACGAUAUGAUCGACAGCUUCGUGGUGAGGUCGCUCGCGGCCUGCAGCAGUCCCGCG